AUGAAAGGUUGCGUUGAAGCCAAUUUACUCUGCUACCGCAUCUUCAAGAUUGCUACGGACAGACUUGUACUUCAGGAGACCCCUGAUAGUGUGGCAGAGGAUCAACUCCUAGCCCAUAAACAAACGCUGUUUGAGGCAUUCAAAGAUUUAUCUGCGAGUGAGCAACCCAGCAUUGUUAUUGAAAUAUCCGACGACGUCUCAUUGGAUAUUAAGCGAAAGCAUGAGGGAGAUGAAGGCACCGCGAAGCGUCGGAAGUUCUACGAAGAUCAAGAACAUGAUGCUGCGAUGGCCCGUACAGCUCUUCUCCCUUCUUCAGCUGCAGCAAUGCUGGCAUUUAAGAACGAGCAAGAGAAAUGGCCAGUCCUCAAUGGUCGCCCAUAUGAUCAGUUUGGUCCUCCCAUUGGCCUCUUCCAUCUUGUUUUCAAUUCUUUCCAUGCCGCCAUGAACAGUCCAGAGCGCUUUCAUGCCGACGAAGGGACGUAUACUUCUAUCAAAGCCCUUUUUAAAGCCUCCGCUGGUCUUUAUAACACCAAGGACGAGCGGAUUACAGCGAUCGAUGUGCCUUUGUUUGCUCUCCUCGGGCGCCGAUUCUCUAUCGUGGAGGGACAAGGUGUCAAAAGCGACGGGGUGAUACUACAAACAUGUGGCGGUCCGACAGCAUAUGUGGCAGUACGAGAGAUCAAGAAUAAAUUGGGAACGGCCAACGCGGAUCCCUACAACCAGUGUAGUCUUUCUUAUCUCAAAUACUGGGCAGGAGAACCUCAAAAUGCCCUCAGAGCUAGAUGCUACUGCCCUAGCGUCCUGCUAGGGAUUGCAGGUCCAUGGCUGAGUGUCUUUGGUGGUAUCUACCUUCGAAAGGCGGUCGUCCAACGUCUAACGCAGUAUGUCUGGCUUGGUGGCGACUCUUUCGCCGAGGCCGAACUGCUCUAUGUAUCGCGACUCUUUGCUGCCUUGAAGACCGCCAUUUUCACCCUCGAAACCUACUAUCGAUCUCUCGAACCAAGUCUCUUCUGCCCGCGUCGACAUGUGGCCCCUUUCCGUUUAUUCAAGAAUUUGAGCCGACGACGUUCACGUAUUUGGCACGCCUUGCGCCAAGUUAUCCCUGAAAACUACUAUACAAGGCGAAGCUUGACUACUCUGGUCAUCUCGUGGUUGUGA